AUGACGCACAUGUCUACAAAGUUUCCGAGAACAAUGCUCGAGAUCGAGAUGCCCGUGGGUCUCUCGUACGGCGAAUCCGCGACGCCCUGUGGCUGGCCGCUCGCCGACCUCGAGGCCGCGUUCCGCACGCACCAGGCGUCGUGGCUGCAGAGCGCCGCCUGCCAAUCCCUCACCUCGAUCCUCACCACCUCUGCCGCCGCGCUGCGUGCGCCCAUUCGCAAAAUCGUCUGCUUUGGCCUCGGUCGCCUCGACGGGUGGGAAAAGACGACCCGCGAGAAGCUGCUCGCGUCGGUGCGGCGCUCCGCCUUUCAACACGCCGCCGCGCUUACCAUGGCUGCUGCUCUGACGACUACGACGGCGACGGCCGCCGCCGCCGGGGAGACGACGGUGCAGUGCUACGCGCAGGACCCCGCAUAUGCGGCCGAGGAAAAGAAGCUGCUGGCGGCGCUGGGGUUCACGGUACUCGAGGAUCCAAAGGGCUUCCUCGAGGUGGAUGAGGCGACACUGGUGUUUAGCGUGACGCCAAACAUCCCGGUGAGGCAGGUGGUGGCGGACAUGGGCUGGCCGGCGGCCAUGGUGUGGAACAGGAUCGAGACCGACAGGCAAAGUGAAGAGGGGAAGGACUACAGGAUAGUGCCUGAGUGGGGCGAGAAUUUGCGUGUUUCGUGA